CGUGAAGACAAAGCGCCUAAACAUCACACAGCGCGAAAUCUCAUUCUACUUUUACGACCAUCCAUCACUUCACUGAGUUUUAGUGACUGUCAAGUGUUCCAAGCGCCCAGACGCUUCCAUCUUCAUAUCCUGAAAGGCCAUCUCGUCAGAAUGCUCGAUCACAUCGGCAUCACGGUUCCCGCAGCGCGCUUCGAAGAAGUCAUAAACUGGUAUCUGGCGGCUCUUGCGCCUCUCGGCUAUACGAUGCAGAAGGAAUAUCCCGGACAUGGUGUCGGCCUUGGACCAGACAAGCUCUCGAUGCCGUUCUUUAUAGCCGCCAAGGGGGAAGAACAGGUCGCAGCGACCCAUAUCGCGUUUCGAGCGACGAACCGAACGGCUGUUGAAGCUUUCUAUGAAGAGGCGGUCAAGGCGGGUGGGAAAUGUAAUGGGAAGCCAGGAUGGAGGCAUCAGUAUCAUCCUAAGUACUAUGCUGGGUUUGUGCUUGACCCUGUAGGUAAUAACGUUGAAGUUGUUGAUCAUGGUUUACCGCAUUGACUUCAGCGAUUCAUCGUAAUGGGAAUAUGGAUAAUAAAAUUCGAUUUGUCGCUAGCUACGCAAGGCAAACUCUUUGUUAACUUCUUUUUGGAGAGGUCCUUCUCAUAUCAUGACAAUACUUUUCGCUCUUUCUAUCCAUCUCUUUUUUCAUACGAUGAUUAGCGUUACAG